GAUUUAACAGGAUAUUUAAGCUCCUGGCGCGAGGUGGCGAGAAAGAAACGUGACUCGGAGAAUUAAAGAAGCAAAAACAUCUUCGCUAAAACACUCGCGGAAGCUGCCAAAACACCUUGUUGUUGGGUGGAUCCAUUCAAGACCAUGGGACCCACAAGGAAAACCCUGCAAGUCCUCCAGCCUUCUGCAGGCAAUACAAACCUAGGCAAAGUAAUACCGACAGGAAAGGUGGCUUUCAAAAGGAAACGGUGGAACGCAGAACAAGCGACGGGCUCCAAGAGGGUGAAGGCUGAAGUUGCUGUCGCAUCACCAAAAGCAGAGAAUGACAAUCGACCCGGCGGCGUUACCAAGGAGACCUACUCGCUAAUGGUCAAAGAAACCCCUCCCUCUUCCUACUGGAAAGAGGUAGCCGAGGAGAGACGUAAAGCUCUCUACAACGUGCUCCAGGAGAAUGAGGAGUUGCACAAAGGCAUCGAGACCAAGGAUGAGCAGAUAGCCCAGCUGAAGACUGAGAAUGAUGAGCUUCAGGAACUGGUCCAACAUGUACAGCACAUGGCUGACAUGAUAGAGAGGUUAACUGGAAAGAGUCCGGAAAGUCUAGAGGACCUGCGACAGAUUGCGCUUGGUGCCAAUGACAAUUUUGAGGGACUAGAAGAAUCUGAUGCCCCCAGUACCAACAGUGUUUUCACACCCAGGUCUGAUGUCACAGAAGAUGAUGAUGAAUAUGUCACAGAAGAUGAGGUCACAGAAGAUGAUGAUGAUGUUACAGAUGAUGAUGUCAUAGAAGAUGAUGAUGAGGUCACAGAACAAAAGGAAAAUUAACCCUCAGGGGAGGAUGAUUGACUGAAUGUACUGGUGAAAUCCUUCAGGCGACGCCUGUGCUUCUCACUUAACAUUCUGGCAUUGAUGCCUUUAAUUAGUUUAUAUUUUCUUUGCGUAACAUCUGAGGUAAUUGCGCAAGAUUUUUACUUUAACCAUACCCUUUCUACAACGCGGCUAUGAAAAGAGGCGCCUCCCUAGUUUUUAUUUUACUUUGCUGUUGACUUUUUGAAUGGUAAUUGUUGGUGGUCAAUUACACUUAGGAUUUUGUUAUAGUGCAGUUUUAAUGCACACUGUACAUAUUCUUCAGGACUGUCCUGUGACGUAAACACUUCAUCACUGGGGGCAAACUACCUGCCCUCCAGGACACAUACAACACCCAAUGUCACAGGAAGGCAAAAAAGAUCAUGAAGGACAAUAACCACCCGAGCCACUACCUGUUCACCCCGCGUCUAUCCUGAAGGUGAGGUGCAUGAGUGCUUGAAACUUAUCUCAAGGCCGUCAUUGUUGAACAGCCAUCACUAGCACAGAGGUGGCUGCCUACCUACAGACUUGGUAUCAUUGGCCACUAAGUGGAACACUAGUCACUUUAAUGCCACAUUUCACACUGCUCGUCUCAUAUGUAUAUACUGUAUUCUUUACAAUCUAUUGCAUUUUAACUGCUGUCAUUGCUCAUCCAUAUUUUGUACUUAUAUAUUCUCAUUCAUUUACUAGAUUGUGUGUAUUAGGUUUUGUUGAGGAAUUGUUAGAUAC